AUGUCGGUUCUAGCAUCAACCAGAAACACACUGGCGCGUGGGCUUUUGCAGCAGUCAAACUCGGGCCGCGCGUCUGUACUAUUGACCGUUGGUGGGGCACGCCUUUACAGUAACGGCGAGAAAACGUUAAAAGAGCGCUUCGCGGAGAUCAUCCCAGCCAAGGCCGAACAAAUUAAGCAGCUGCGCCAGGAGCACGGCUCGACGGUAAUCGGCGAGGUGGUCCUCAAUCAGGCAUACGGUGGUAUGCGUGGCAUCAAGGGCUUGGUGUGGGAAGGUUCAGUUCUGGACCCAGAUGAGGGUAUCCGGUUCAGAAACCGCACCAUUCCCGACAUUCAGAAGGAGCUGCCAAAGGGGGCCGGCGGCACCGAACCACUACCAGAAGCGCUGUUCUGGCUGCUGUUGACCGGCGAGACACCUACCGAGUCCCAAGUCAAGGCGUUGUCCGCGGAUUUGGCUUCCAGAUCCGAGCUUCCUGAACAUGUUUCACAACUGCUAGACUCUUUGCCUAAGGAUCUUCACCCAAUGGCUCAGUUCUCUAUCGCUGUGACCGCUUUGGAGAGCGAGUCCAAGUUUUCCAAGGCCUAUGCACAGGGAGUGUCCAAGAAGGACUAUUGGAAUUACGCUUUCGAGGACUCCAUGGACCUCAUCGGUAAGCUACCAGUUAUUGCCUCCAAGAUAUACCGCAAUGUUUUCAAGGAUGGAAAGCUCGGUUCUGUUGACCCCAACGCGGACUUCGGUAAGAACCUUGCUAAUCUGCUGGGUUUCAAGAAUGACGAGUUUGUUGAGUUAAUGAGGCUUUACUUAACCAUCCACGCCGACCACGAGGGUGGUAACGUUUCUGCACACACAACUCACUUAGUGGGUUCCGCCUUGUCAUCCCCUUAUUUAUCUUUCUCGGCUGGUUUGAACGGUUUGGCGGGUCCACUCCAUGGUCGUGCCAACCAAGAAGUCCUGGAAUGGCUCUUCAAGCUCAGAGAAGAGGUCAAGGGCGAUUAUUCUAAAGAGACCAUUGAAAAAUAUUUGUGGGACACUCUGAAUUCAGGAAGGGUUGUUCCCGGCUAUGGCCACGCCGUAUUGAGGAAAACUGAUCCUCGUUACACAGCUCAACGUGAGUUCGCCCUAAGACACUUCCCUGACUACGAUCUCUUUAAGCUGGUCUCUACAAUCUAUGAGGUCGCCCCAGGUGUGUUGACAAAGCACGGCAAGACAAAGAACCCAUGGCCUAAUGUUGACUCUCACUCUGGUGUUCUAUUGCAAUACUACGGCUUGACAGAGGCAUCGUUCUACACCGUCCUGUUUGGUGUUUCGAGAGCGCUAGGUGUACUGGCUCAGCUCAUCAUUGACAGGGCCGUUGGUCAGCCAAUCGAAAGACCCAAAUCUUUCUCGACUGAGAAAUAUGCUGAGCUUGUGAAAUCCAUUAACGCAAAGAAAUAA